AUGAAUGAUUGGCAACAGCAGCUCCCUUUAACAGGUACACAAAAAAAUGAGCUCGAUAAAAGUGUCCUGCGGUAUUUGAAUUGGAAUUACAAACAAACUGUACGGCAUGAGCAUGUCCAAAAUUAUGAAAGCGUUAGACAUGCGAUUGUAACUCUAUCAACGUUCCUGUUGCAAGAAUCAGUAGACCGGCAAGAAUUCAUCAGUAACAAUGACACCAACAACGAAAGUAUAGUAGACAUUGAUGAAUUACUAUUACCGAAGAAGUGGAACUCAAUUGUUAGAUUACAAAAAAAAAUUAUCGAGUUGGAACAGAAUACAGAGACUCUUGUAUCUCAGAUUAAAGAUUUGAACUCUCAAGUGUCAGAACUAGCACAAUUUAUGCCUCCCACUCGUAAUGGCACCGGCGCACAGAAUGUUUUGAAAUGGGUGCCGAAAAAUCUACCAAGCUGUUUAAUUAAUGUUGAAUCAUCUGUUACAUCCGUCAAACUGCACCCCAAUUUGCCUAUAGUGUUUGUGGCCACAGAUCAUGGGAAGUUAUACGCAUUUGAUCUAUUUAACUACACUAUCCCUCUGGCGUCCUUGCAAAGCCAUACCAAGGCAAUUACUUCCAUGGACGUUUUAUUUACCAAUUUCACAAAGUCCAGCAAGAAAAAUUACUUGGUGAUAGUUACCGCAUCUAAAGAUUUGCAGAUUCAUGUUUUCAAAUGGAUCUCUGACGAAUGCAAAUUCCAACAACUUAGAUCUUUAUUGGGCCAUGAACAUAUCGUCUCUGCAGUAAAAAUCUGGCAGAAAAAUAAUGAUAUCCAUAUAGCGUCUUGUUCCAGAGAUCAAACUGUAAAGGUUUGGGACUUUCACAAUGGUUGGUCCUUGAAAACUUUUCAGCCUCACUCCCAGUGGGUACGCUCCAUAGACGUUCUAGGCGACUAUAUCAUCUCCGGAUCCCAUGAUACCACAUUAAGAUUAACACAUUGGCCAUCAGGUAAUGGUCUCAGCGUUGGCACGGGUCAUGAAUUUCCCAUAGAGAAAGUGAAAUUCAUUCAUUUCAUCGAAGACCCUCCAAACGCAAGGUUUAGAACACCAUCAACGGCUCAAUAUAAAAACUGGGGGGUGCAGUAUUGUGUCUCAGCAUCAAGAGAUAGAACGGUAAAAAUUUGGGAGAUACCUCUGCCUACAUUAAUGGCCCAUAGAGCACCCAUACCAAAUCCUACAGACUCAAAUUUUAGAUGUGUUCUUACGUUGAAGGGGCAUCUUUCAUGGGUUAGAGAUAUUAGUAUUCGAGGCCAGUACUUGUUUUCUUGUGCUGAUGACAAAUCUGUCAGAUGUUGGGAUCUGAACACGGGGCAAUGUUUACAUACCUGGGAAGGGUUGCAUACAGGAUUUAUCAACUGCUUAGACCUGGAUGUUGAUUUUGAUCCUAAUGUUAACCCAAGGCAAAUAAUGGUCACCGGCGGUUUGGAUUGCAAGUCUAACGUCUUCAUGAGAUAA